AUGACGAAUCAAACGGGUACUCUGAUUGAGAUUAGAAAUGUUCAAGAGCUAGGCAUCCACAAGAUCGAACAACUUAUGGACAGGUAUGGCGGAUUUGAUCUUGUCAUUGGCGGCAGCCCCUGCAAUAACCUUGCUGGAGGUAAUCGGCGUACUCGAAACGGACUUGAAGGAGGAGCACAUUCUUCGUUGUUCUAUGACUAUUGCCGUAUUCUGGAUGCUGUUCGCAACAAAGCAGCAAGGAUGAGGAGAGGAGGACUUUAA